AACUAUUUUGCGCGAUGAUCGUAUCGAGGAUUUACAUCCAAGACUCCUGUCGAGCAGGAUCGACGCGAAAAUGUAUCAUGACCGAGCACGUUGUAAAUCGCCCUGCUGCUUAUGGCCUCUGUCCACAAGAUGGGGCAGGUUUAGGCCGUGCAUGAAGAAGACGGAGGAGCAGUCGCCAGACCUGGUUUGCUCUCCUGGUGCGGUCUGUAGUUUUUACUACAGGCACGUGCCACCUGGGGAAUUCAAAAUUUGCAUGACAAAUACAUAGUAUCCGCUGACGCCUUCCAACAUGACCAGUGAAAAUGUCGGCACACUUCCGAAGGCGGACCGAACAUAUUUGCAAUGGAUAGCGAAGGCCAGCGCGCGCUCUUCGUGCAGCAUGUCGAGUACCGCGACCCGUUG